AUCCAGUCUGGUUCGUUUUCAAAUAGAGAGACCAGUUUACCUUUGUGCAGAUUAUACAUAUUCCUCCAACGCUGAAAACUGUCCCUCUGAGCAAAAACCCUAGAAAAUCCUAAUCUCCGUCGAUCAGAGCAAGAAGAAGAUGACUGGUCCCAACACUGUUUCUGGGGAUGACAUCGAUGAGAGCAAAGUCAAAGCACCAAACAUGUUCGUACGAGCCAAAGAGGAGAUCGAUGCUGUUAUUGGUGCUAUUCAUCAACGCAAGAGUUCCAGGGACGAAUCUGACAAGAUUGAAUUCAAAUCCGAGAAACAAGAAGACGAAAAGAAGAAACCGAAUGUGAUGAGAAAGGCUAAGGAAGAAAUCAAAUCUUUGUUCCAUUCCAAGGAGAAACCUCAUCGCCAUCAUCAUCACCACAAAGAAACUCAUGGAAGGAGUGAUGAUAUCGACGAGAACACACCGGUGAAUGAAGUGAAGGCUCCCAAUGUUUUCGAGAGAGCACAGGAAGAGAUCGAGGCCGUCAUUGAAACCAUUCAUCCCAAGAAGAAUGAGGCUGACGGUUCUGAUUCUCCGAAGCGUUCUUCUCGCCCUGUUUCACCGGAGAAGGAAAGAGCUGGACUCGGAUGCUCUCUUGGAAAGGGUUUGGAAAAGAUUUGUUCUCCUUGGGGUAGUAAUAAAAAAGACUGAAGUACUUUGUAUGAUUGAUGAUCAUGAACUUGUUUGCUAGAGUUGUUGUGAUAAUAUUUGGUUUGAGUUUCAUCGAGUUUGUUGAUUUGUAGGUA